AUGAGUGAUGACAAGCCCUUUUUAUGUACUGCUCCUGGUUGUGGUCAGAGAUUUACAAAUGAAGACCACCUGGCUGUCCACAGGCACAAGCAUGAGAUGACCCUGAAGUUUGGCCCAGCGAGGAAUGACAGUGUCAUCAUUGCUGACCAAACUCCUACUCCAACGCGCUUUUUAAAGAACUGUGAUGAAGUCGGGCUGUUCAACGAACUAACAAGUCCUUUUGACCAUGACUUUAAAAAAGCAUCUGAGGAGGAUAUUAAAAAACAGUUACCAUUGGAUUUGUCACCUCUUGCCACACCUGUUAUACGAGCCAAACGAGAGGUGGCCUCAGCUGUGGAUGUACAUCGAGACAGCCCCUUGCCACACCCCGAGUCUACUACAAGUGAUGAAAAGCUGCCUAACGGUCAAACCAUGCCAGUGGCUAUACCUGCAUCAAUUACAAGCUCAAGUGUCCAUAUUCCAACCACAAUUCCUCUUGUCAGACCUGUCACCGUACUGCAUAAUGUCCCUGGAAUCCCAGGCCCGCCCUCGCCACAGCCCACCCAAUCAGAAGCCAAGCUGACAUUGCAGCCCACAGUAAGCCAGCCACUUCCUCAGGUAACCAAUGGUGAUGGUGAGGUGCAGAGCAGCGCUGUGACCCACACGGCUGCUCCUGUUUCCCCUGCCCCUGUGCCAGCUGCCCCUUUGCCCCCACCACUGGCCCCACCUAUGGGCCCAACUCUGCCCUCACCUAUGGCCCCAACCGAGGAGGUCUCUGCACACUCCCUCCAGCAGCCAGCCACCUCUACAACAGAGACUCCCGCUUCACCAGUUCCCCCUGCACCAAACCCCCCAAGCACAGGAGGUCGACGACGCAGAACCACCAGUGAAGAUCCCGACGAGAAGCGCCGCAAGUUUCUAGAGCGGAACAGGGCUGCGGCGUCCCGUUGUCGGCAAAAGAGGAAGGUGUGGGUCCAGUCCCUGGAGAAAAAAGCCGAUGACCUCAACUCUACAAACGGACAACUACAGAAUGAAGUCACCCUGCUGAGAAACGAAGUGGCUCAGCUGAAGCAGCUCCUCCUGGCUCAUAAAGAUUGCCCUGUAACCGCCAUGCAGAAGAAAUCUGGCUAUCACAGACUGAUGCUCUCUGGCCCAGAGGCCGCUGGGGCCCUUCUGGAAAAGGAGGAGAGCUGUGAGGAGAUGUCUGUGACGAGCAGCCCCCAGAGUGAGGCCAUCCAGCACAGCUCUGUCAGCACCUCCAACAGGGUCAGCUCCUCCACCUCCGACCAGAGCACAACCAUCAGCUGA